AGGGGGAGCUUGAUAAAGGACGAGGUCGGUGGACCAUGCAGAAAGCGGCGAACAUCAGCAGCGUUAAAGGCAGCAUCUUUUUCAACUUCAGCGUCUCAUCCGCGUCUGCCUGCGGUCGUUUAAAGCCCAAGAAGCGGAAAAGCGUCGGACAGGGUAACGUUAUGCCGGGAUCAGCGCUGAGGCGGUCCGUGUGACGGCGGAGUUUCAGCGCUCAGCGGCCGUUUUCUGGUCGGAUCCGGACAUGAUGCGACGCUUCCCUGAGGACUGACACCGCAAACCAGCCACAUGUGCCGGAUUUCGCCGCCUCAUAGGCACACGCAGAACCAUCCCCGGCCGAUCACCCUGGGAUCAGGCAGGGAUAGUCGGGAGAUAUCCGCCUAGACACGGCAGAAUUCUCACGGCGUGCGGACCCGUCAUAUGCUGUUCCGUGCAAAUAGCGAAAGGGUCGCAGAUCUUUAUUUCCGUCAACACUGAACUUUUCCUAGAGGAAUCGUCUUGCUGGGGUCCGGGAGACCCCUAGGUACCACAUCGAUCGGCAGAAAAACGAAGAGCUUCACCGUGGUGCUGAAAGGACAGCUCACGGCGCUGCCGGUGUCCUAGGAGCGCUCCGCUUCGUUACCGGGACGCAGCAUCAGCACCGCCGCCCAUGCUGUCGCCACCGCGUGCCCUGCGCGGCCCCGUGUCCCCGGUCUGAGCGCUCCUCUGCGGGUUCAUGGCUGUGGCACGCAAAAUCAAAACUCUGCUGACCGUCAACAUCUUGGUCUUCGUGGGGAUCAUCCUGUUCUCGGUGUACUGCAGGAUCCAGGACCGCUCCGAGGAGCUGCUGCACGUCGGAAGGGCAUCGGACCGACUUCGCAGCAGGACCGGCAAAGUUAGCAGUCUGCUCGACCGGCAGUCAAUACUUCAGAGGCUGGAGCACCUGGAGGAUGUGGUCUACAACCAGCUAAACGGUCUCGCCAAGCCCAUGGGCCUGGUGGAGGGGCCCGGUGGAGUGGGCCAGGGGGGCGUCCCAGCCACCCUGAGGGAGGACAGCCGCGAGACGGAUGGCAAAUUCGAGGAGUUCGGCUACAACGGGCAUCUGAGCAACCGCAUCUCACUGGACCGGACCAUCCCCGACUACAGACCCAAAAAGUGUAAACAGAUGAACUACCCCGACGACCUUCCGCAGGUCUCUGUGGUCUUCAUCUUCGUGAACGAGGCCCUGUCCGUCAUUCUGCGGUCUGUCCACAGUGUGGUGAACCACACCCCAGCUCACCUCCUGAAGGAGAUCAUCCUGGUGGAUGACAACAGUGACAGUGUGGAGCUGAAGUUCAACCUGGAUCAGUACGUGAACAAGCGCUAUCCUGGCCUGGUGAAGAUCGUCCGCAACAGCAAGAGGGAGGGUCUCAUCCGGGCACGGAUACACGGCUGGCAGGCGGCCACGGCCCCCGUUGUCGGCUUUUUCGAUGCACACGUCGAGUUCAACACAGGCUGGGCUGAGCCGAUUUUAACCAGAGUAAAAGAGGACCGCACUCGAAUCAUCCUGCCUGCUAUAGAUAACAUCAAGUACAACACAUUCGAGGUGCAGCAGUACGCCAACGCAGCCCACGGCUACAACUGGGGACUCUGGUGCAUGUACAUCAUCCCCCCCCAGGACUGGCUGGACAAAGGUGACGAGACCGCACCCAUCCGCACGCCAGCCAUGAUUGGCUGCUCCUUUGUGGUGGACAGAGAGUAUUUUGGGGAUAUCGGCCUCCUGGAUCCAGGAAUGGAGGUCUACGGUGGAGAAAACAUUGAGCUUGGCAUGAGGGUGUGGCAGUGCGGGGGAAGCAUGGAAGUCCUUCCCUGCGCCCGGGUGGCACACAUCGAGCGCACCAAGAAGCCCUACAACAACGAUAUUGACUACUAUGCCAAGCGGAACGCUCUGCGGGCCGCGGAGGUCUGGAUGGAUGAGUACAAGUCUCACGUCUACAUGGCCUGGAACAUCCCCAUGAACAACCCUGGCGUGGACUUUGGAGACGUGUCCGAGAGGAUCGCCCUCCGCAAGAAGCUGCGCUGCCACAGUUUCCAGUGGUACCUGGAGCACGUUUACCCAGAGAUGCGGGUGUACAACAACACCAUCACCUACGGGGAGGUGAGAAACAGCAAAGCAAGUGGAUACUGUUUGGACCAAGGCUCUGAGGACGAUGACAAAGCCAUCCUGUACCCGUGUCACGGCAUGUCUUCUCAGGUACAGCCUGUCCUGCGGGGCCAGGACCCCCUGUGCCCCAUUCCACGCCUCACUCUUACUGCUGCUGCAGCACAGAAAUGUCCUCAUAAGCGCAAAGAAAUAUGCAGAGCUCAUCUUAGUAGGGGGGCGAGCAGCUGCAUUUUAUUGGAGGACAGGAAUGGGACUUUAUUUGGAAACGGGGUGGAGGCAGGAUUUAACAAAACUGGGGUUAAAAAUAAAACAAAGAAAAUGGAACAGGCAUUAGGAAGGGCUACAGUCAAGGUCGGGGGGUCAGAAAAAAUAGGACCCAGUAUAGAGGGGCGGCAUGGUGGUGCAGUGGUUAGCACUGCUGCCUCACAGCUCACUCAGUGAGUGUGCCCUGCGAUGGGCUGGCCCCCCAUCCUGGGUUAUUCCCCACCUUGUGCCCGUAGCUUCCGGGAUAGAUAUUGUUAUAAUGCUGUAACCCUCAGAAUCAUGAAUAACGAAAUGCUGCAUUGGUAUGGUGGAAAAUUGUAUUUAUACAUUUUGAUGCAUGUUUUUACUUAUAAAUAUUUUCUGUUUUGGUUCUAUUUAUAAUUUCUUUUUUGCAAGGUGGACAUUUAAAACGGAACUAGAUGUUUUCGUCUUUUCAUGAGCUUUGAGGCGAGACAUUGAUUGACUUAACAGCACAUGAAGACAGAGAUAAUGAGAUAAUCAAUAGGGGGCCUCAAAUCCAGCAUAAGGAAUUUCUCACAUUAUGAGGUCGUACUGAGCUGUGGCAAAACCCUUCCUGGGGGAAAUAAGCAAAUAACAACGAAUUGAGUUGGUGCCUCUUUGACAUUAAAUGAGUUGCUUAGCACUCUGGGUGAUGUUAACCUGCCGCACCGGAGGCUGCCGCUAUCUAAUUCAGAACAUGCUCCUUUUCUUCAUAAAUGAGAGAUGCGAUAACAUGUCACAGCCAUUGGUUAGGGUUUUGUCUGACCCUGCCACCCAAAAACAGGCACAUGACCCAGACAAAGCCUGACCUUUGACCUUUUCAUAAAAAAAUCUAUCUUCACACCAAGACCAGUGCCUCCCAGUAAGGCUCAUUCCAUGAAGAAUCAGAAAAAUGUCAGGAACUUUAUGGCUGGGCUGGAUCUGGUUAUACUGGGAUUGCUAUUAUGUCUGGCCAGCAACGAACCUGCAGCCCCCCCCCAUCCGGAACACCCACUAUUUAUGAUGACAUGUGUGUGGCCUGCAGUAAGACAGCAUGUGCCAUUAUCUGUGAAUGGCGUGUUACAGUGAGUGUUGGCGAAGGAGGGGAUGUAGCUGAAUUCACACGUGCUGAAUCCAGAUGGCACCAGGUCUCGCUGAUGGACAAGCUAAUUUACUGCUCUGUGCGCACCUGGCAUCUGCAUUCACAUCCCUCCUUGUGGGAAAAUCACUGGGCGAGCAGCUCAUUUUAUAGGGGAUGUGCACAUUUUCAGGCUGAAAUGUUUUCUGUCAUAAAGCAUUGUACAGUUUCGGGAUAGCGGUUCACUGAAGCUGUGGGUGAUUUAGCGGGUGCUACCAGCCGAUCAAAAUGCGCUAAUACCUUCCUCAUCGGCAGCGUACUGCUACCCAGACAAUGCGCUCCUCAUCAUAUUCCCGUUACAGUCAAUAAUAUGCGCCAACUGGGUGCCGGCCGAUUACUGAUCAAUAAGCGGCUCAGCUGGAACGAUCUGAAUGACACUGUAGCACUGGAUGAAGAUUACGCAGUUAGUCCCUGUUAAAUCACCAGCACAGGAUAUUAAUGGGAAGCUGAAUGACUGUCUUUGUGUACAACUACAUUUAGUCCUUCACCGAGCGAUUACAUUUUUGCAUUUAAAUUCACCAGUGCGUGCACCAUAUUCAUUUAUUAAAUG